AUGAACAACACUUCCAUUAAUUCUGACGACAACCCUUCAGAUAACCAGCAUGGUUAUGCAUAUUAUUCAAUUGGGUUAUCACUUAUGGUUCUCAUAGUGAUCACAGUCUUAACUCUCAUUUCUUAUUAUUGUAGCCGUGGAAGCUUGCAAAACAGGCAAGUGCGUGCCACUGCCAACACUAGCAUGGAGCUAGAUUCUUCUGCCUUAACCAUCCAAAUUCAUCAAGAAGAAGCAUCUUUGAACUGUUAUCCGAUGCUAUUGUAUUCUGAAGCAAAGCAGCAUAAACCUGAUUCAGCAACAAUAACAUCAUGCUGCUCAAUAUGUUUGGCAGAUUACAAGGACACAGAUUUAUUGCAGCUUCUACCUGAUUGUGGUCACGCGUUUCAUAGAGAUUGCAUUAACCGGUGGUUGCAGGUAAACCUCUCAUGUCCGGUGUGUCGAACCACGCCACUUCCAACUCCUAUUUCAACUCCUCUUGCCGAAGUUGUUCCCUUGGCAGCAAGACGUGAUUAA